CCUCCCCGCUGCCGGCUGCGGCCCGGGCCGCCUCCCGCCUCGCUGCGGGGCUCCGCCGCCGCUAUCGGGCAGCGGGCGCGGGAGGCCGGGCUGCCGCCGCGGCCAUGGCGAAGGACGCAUCCACUUACGGCUAUGGCUGGAGAGCAGGCUGCCUGCGGGAGAGGGAUCCUUGCAGAGAAGAAAGGCUGCUGCCAGGCCUAUAUAUGAGCUCCCAGGUGGUCCUCUGAGCCCACUUCUGAUGUCAUUUUUCUGCAGGAAGGGGGUAAGUGGGCUACAGCUGGGGUUUUACCUGCCGUUGGAGUCUUCAUUAUCCUCCCUGCAGUCCUCUUCCACUUCAUCAACAAGAAGCUCUGCUUUGAAAAGGGAGAUGAGCUUCCAUGCAUGGGGCAAGAAGGAAGAAGAAAACACUACAAAGAAAAGUCCAGAGUUCAAGAGGGCUUUGGUCUGUUGACAGCUGUAACCAGCAUGUGUGUGCUUCAGAAAAGCAACCUGAAUUACAAGUGACAUGCUGGCAAAGCUGAACUGAUCACCAGAUACUUACAUAGUGUUAAACAUGGCUUCUGAGGCUGCUCAGAAUUUCCUUCAGCCACUGUCAUCUUGGAUAUCUCAAAUAUAUGAAGCUAUUCAACAAGCAGGAGACUCUAUAUCUGCUUCACUGCUGAAUUUAAGUGGAGUGGGUCGUAAAUCAGAAGAUGAGAGGAACCGGGACUUGGAGAAUAGCAAAGUUUAUGAGGAUUAUUCUGAGGAAUUGGAUGAUGAACGACACUUGGACCUCUGGGAUGAGGAAUACUUACAUCCUAAAGAAGAUGGUCACGUUGGGGGUCGUGAUCUUGAUUCACAAGACCUCCCUCACAGCUCUGGCAUGAGUCAGCAGAAGCAAAAGCAGGUUAAAAAUACCAGCAGCUUACCAGAGCAGUGUGUUGAAAGCACUAGGUCUUUGAUCGCCAAUGGAUCCUACUGGACAAACGAAGAUCUCCAGACACUUGAUCAGCUUCCUCCUAUUGUUGAGGAAGAAGGUGAACCCUCCAUGAAGAUGGGAGGUCAUGAGCACAACCUCAGCUUGGGUAGCCCCUUAAAAAGUAAUACUGGCAAGGCAACUUUUGCAGGUCUGGAUGGACUAAGCCAACUGAGUUACCAAGACAGCCUAUCCUAUGGUGAAGAUGACCAUUUAUCUGUUGAUUCAAGAGCAACAACUGAGAGUAGGGGCAUGGGGCAGCAUGAAGAGCCUAGGAUGGAGUCCAGUAUUGCUGAUGCCAUUAGGCCGCAAGCCACAGAAGGACAUUUGGAAGUGGAUACCAACCAGGGCUUUGAAGUAAGUGAUGCUACUGACAGGUCAUCGCCUUGGAACCCCAAGGAACAUACUGAAGUGAAUAGCAUACCAGCUCAUCAUAGUGCUCAUGAGCCCAUCUGUAAAUGUGGUGAUUUAGACAUCCUCUUCAACUAUAAAGCCUCAAGUCAAAAGUUAGUAGUUACUGUCUUAGAAGCAAGGGGUAUCCCAGACAAAGACCGCAGUGGAGUGAACACCUGGCAAGUGCACACAGUGCUGAUGCCUAGCAAGAAACAGAGGGGUAAGACAAGUGUUCAGAGGGGACCGAUCCCCAUGUUCAAGGAUAAAAUUACCUUCAAUAAACUGGAGCCAGAGGAGUUAAGCAGCCAUGGCAUUCGUUUCCGACUCUAUGCGGUGCACAAGAUGAUUGGAGAGAAGAUGAUGGGUGAGCAGUUGUUCUGCCUGAGCAACAUCAGCCAGGAAGGGGAAACAAAAGUGACACUGGUCUUGGAGCCAAGGAGUAACUUGAGUAGUGCAGACUCUCAGCUUAGUCUGUCAGCAGUCUCUCACAGCGAUAGUGCUUCUUCAACACAGUCCCUGUCGCAUGGAGGGGUGCCAGAGCUGCUUGUGGGAUUGUCAUACAAUGCCACUACAGGGCGGCUGUCAGUGGAGGUGAUCAAAGGCAGUCACUUCCGAAACCUCGCCAUUAAUAGGCCACCUGAUACUUAUGGAAAGCUCUGCCUGCGCAACUCUGUGGGUCAGGAGAUGUCUCACUGCAAAACCUCCAUCCGUCGAGGACAGCCCAACCCUGUCUACAAAGAAACUUUCAUCUUCCAGGUUGCUCUCUUCCAGCUCUCUGAUGUCACACUAAUGAUCUCCAUAUACAACAGACGCAGCAUGAAGCGCAAAGAGAUGAUUGGGUGGAUUUCUAUGGGUCAGAACAGCAGCGGAGAGGAAGAGCAAAGUCAUUGGCAGGAAAUGAAGGAAUCGAAGGGGACACAGGUCUGCAGGUGGCACAUGCUGCUGGAGUCCUAGUGGUUACCAGGACAGCCUGUGGGUCCUGAUGUGAUGAGCUGUCUUUCCUUGUUCUCAGUCAGCAGCAAAAAGCUGUGCCAUGGCAAGCACAGUGCUCUGAUGGGUCACAUGCGCUUUGACCUGACUUUUCAGUAUCAGCAGUCACAGGUAUUAAAGAUAGCAAGGCCUGGGAAGCAAGUUUAGUUCUUGUCUUUCCAGGUUGUCCUGCCUAUUGUACAUCCAAAUAAUUAAUCCUAGGGAGAAGCAGUGGGAAUACCUACAAAAUCCUUUCCUUGGUCAUUGUCUCACUCAUUUUGUCAUAGGUAUGACCAUCAUAGGACAAUUUUGAUGCUGUUUUUUUCUGGAGUAAACUCUGUCUUCCCUCCCUCCCUUAUUUAUGUUAGUGAAGUUCGCAGAUAUUCUUGACAUGCAGAUAGCUCACAGAAAGGCUAACCUGCAUGCAGAUCACAUUCUCUCCCUUUGUAUUAUUGUGUUUCUACGUCCUAGAAAUAAGCAUUUGAUACCGCUAUAAACUGAAUGGUGUAUUUUUCAGGCAGCAUGGGAAAGCACUCUUAAAUUCUUCGUCAACUUUCAAGUGCCUACACAUUACUACUGUUUUUCUGUACUAAAAACUGAUCUUAGCACUAAGCACUAUCAGUAUUUUCAAUUAAGCAUCCUGUGCACUUGUUAGCCUGCAUUGUCGUGGGUUUGCAUGAGAGAUACCUAACAUCAGUUUUAUAUUGUAGUUAUACAAUGCAUGUUUAGAUGUUUACUUGAAGUUCCUGGCUUCUGUCAUCACAAAUACCAAAAAAGACUAGAACAAGCUGCACAUCCACCUUUGUGCCUGAAUCACUCUUUUCUGCAUCACUGUUUUACUCAUAUGUUACUUUUCUUUUUAAGGAAGGUUCAUUCAGAAAAGCCUUUCUGUGAGCAUUAUACAAAAAGGCUUUAGAUCAUGGUCUGUGACUCUGUUAAGCACAACUCAGUGCUGAGGGCUCUUUGAGUGUGCUGUCCUGUACUAUCUUCUCAGCAACUGAAAGGGGUCUGGUUUUGACACAUGGAGCAGCGGAGGAUGCCAGACCAUGUCACCUCAUCUCUGGGGCGACCUCUCCUGCAGGCAAGGAAUGGGAUCCAGGGGGCUCUCCUUGAGGAGCUGCUGGCUCUGUUGAGCUAACACCAGUGAGAACUAUUAUGCUUCCUGCCUUUAACUAAAAACAAUGCAAGGAGCAGGCUUGCUGGAGAAGGUGAUGAUACUUUUAUGUAGUUACGGUACAGACUAUAUUGUCAUUUUCUAUUUUAAUCUUAUUUCCUGUCUCUGUGACUUGAAGUUAUGGAGAUGAUGGAUAGGGGACAUGUCUUAGUCUGCUACUCAACUAUUGAAAGUUCAGCAGUUGUUAGCUGUUGCAAUGUUGUGUGUGACACAGCAGAGGGUGUUCAUCCCUCCGCUGUGGUGGUGGUAUGUAGGCAGUAAGGUGCUGAGAUCUUCAAAUACUAUUAACUCCCCUUUCCUGGUGAUGGUAGCAAGACACAGGAAUUAUUUUGCUGAAAAGGUUUGUCUGUGCUGAAUCACUUCAUGUUUUGGUUUUGUCAUUUAUUGAGACCUGGCACCAAAUUCUGCCUCCUACCGCACCACAGUGUCUCCUUCCCUUCAAUGGUGCUGUGCAAAUCUAACUAAUGCAAAUUUUGGCACUGGCUGUUUGACCAAAAUUGAUACUCGGUGCAGGUUUACAUCAUAUACAUCCAGACUAGCCAGACCCUGCGGGCAGUGGUGUGAUACAUACAGGUUAUCACUUGUCAUACACACAGUCUUUGUCUGUCCUCGUGAGGCAGACAGAAUAAUCUGCAUGCAGAAGGACAUCUGGUAUAGGUGAUACAAAUUAUUUGACAGGACAUGGUUUUAUAUAUUCUUAUCACUUACCUGUCUGAGCAUCGUUUUUCUGAUGGUGGGUAUCCUAUGAAAGAGGGUUGCCCUUACUGCCUAGAUAAGCUGGUGUAAUAUCUGCUUUGCACUACUGAGGCUUUGUAUCACAAAUAACCCAAAUACAGCUCAGCAAGUAAAUACAUUUUUGACGGCACUGUUAAUGUUGCUGAGUGCAAGAGAAAAUGAGCAUGUGAGUGGUAACCAGCAGAAUAUAAAUGGUUUUUUAUUAUGUACUUUUAUUCUGGAAAAAAGUAAAGAAACAUCCCAAUUGAAAAGAUGCAUUUGCUGAUUUCAGUUGUUUUCCAGUCUCUGCGUCUUUUUUCCUGAACUGCAUAAAAUGUGUAUACAAGUGUUUAUAAUUAAUUUUAUUAUCUGGGAUGUGUAUGUAUAAUAAACUUAGUGAGGUUCUCUUCAUAACCUCUUGA